GAGCCUGUCUCGGACGCGUCCGGUGCUGUCCACCUGUUGCGAAGGCCCUGGGUAGUUUUUAUUGUCUUGGGGAUCUUAGGUCGGCAUGCUGGAGGGCAACCUGGACUUGGCACGUGGAGUGUUGCUAGCUUACUGCUGUACAUUUCGCCUGUUACAGCGGUUCAAAUCCACAGCGGACCUGCCUCGCCACGCGAUGCUGUUAUUUCCGCUGCCAGAGCUCCGGAUCGCCAGAUUGCUGCUCCUGCGGGAGCCCACUCCCAUCUGCAGUCCAAGUGGCUUCUGACUGGUGACUUUGGCGAUGGUCCUCUCUGGUUAUCCCUGCCGUCACCAGACUCGGUCUUCCUUAUAACCUGCCGCCUUUGGCUGCCAGGCUCCGUUGUGCGCUUUGAGUUCUCAAGCACCGAUCGGGCCCGUGAUGUGUCUGCGGAGCUGUACCGCCAAGCCAUUCGACUUGGACGAUCUCAGAUUGUUGCGGCGUCGGUCGGGCCUACGCUUGAAGUUGUUCACCUUGUGUCCCUGCCCUCGCAUCCGGGUGCACUUACUGUCCUUUUUGAUUUAGGCAGGGAGAUUGUUUGCAGCGAGCUUCCGUUCGACUAUAGUCCGAGCCAGGUUAUGACUGCCGCACAGGAAGCAGCCUCAACCAGUGACAUCCAAAUCUUGAAAGGGCCGGCGCACAGACUUCGUCACGGUGAUGUCAUUCGGGUGAUUGUUAACUCCGAGCAACGUACGCUUGAUGUCUCGGCGUUCACUCUACCACCUCAUGUCGCCUCCGCCUCUCGGUGGCUCCAGGAGUCGAGGGUUGUGUCAUUUCUUCAUUCCGUUGAAGGGGUGAUCUCUUUUGAGGUUCCGCGGUCGUGCGCCCUUGACAUCACUGUGCUGAGCACCCUCCUGCAGAGUGUCAUCCCUGGCCGUCAUGUCUUUGUUGAGAUCCCUGGGGCUGAUGCCCUCCCACAUGCAGCGUUUGGUGUUGCUCGUCCGGGGCAAGACUGUGUUACCUAUCGCCUGACUGAUGCCUCUGACCCUUCCGCAGCCGGCCUUCUUUUAGCCUUUGCGGGAGUUUUCGAGUCCUUCUCUGCCUUUCUCGACAGCCUUCUUUACAGCAAUCGCCCGGCAGCUGUCUUGCUACGUCGGUUGCAGCCUUUUGGCCUGUCGGUGCUGUCCUGGGAAUGCACCGUUAUCCCCGGCCGGGGUGAUUGUCAUUAUUGGCAUGUCCAUGUUCAGGCUGACCUCGCCAGGGCUCGGGAAUAUCUCCUGCAUUUGCAUUGGGCCCGAUCCAUCUGCGUGUUCAUGCGCGUCACCUCGACCUGCAUCUUAGCGCAUAUCUUGGUAUUGGACAUUUUGGUUACCCCGCCAUCUCCACCAAUUUGGUGGAUCCUCAGGGAUUCCAUUGGGUGUGAGUUGCUCCGGCCCGUGGUCCAGCACUUUACCUCUCACUGCUCUUUCUUCUUUUGUGCCAUUGAGCCUGAUGGAGUUGUGCACAGUGUCGAACCAUCGGCUGAGGUGCGUCAUAUGUCACCGAGCCCCCAAGGAGCUAGGGCACUCAUUGGCCGUGCUCUCCCAGGGUUGGUUGGCCGACUUGUUGACGGCGUCCUUCAUGUUGUAGCGGCGAGAGCUUGCUCCCCUGCUAUUUUCGGUGGCCUGACCCUGAUCCUACUUGGGGGACAGUCAGCUGCUAUGCAUCCGCCUUAUAGCGCCGCUUUGGCUACAGUUGAUGAAGUUCCCCCGCCGGCCCCUACUACCAUGCGGAUCUGGACACUCAAUGUCCCUGUGCCUGUCGACCUGCCUUGGCGGCCACAGGGCUACCCAACACGCUGGCUUCGUGAAUUGAUGUGCCGUUUACACCACAUUGACGACCCCGGUGAGUUCCGGUCUACUCUCUCCUCACCCGGCGGGACUGUGCAGCACGUUCUCUUCGUGCCGAUUGUGCCCACCACACAUCCUACUGCUAGAUUCUGGCUGCUGCACUGGGGAGAUGCGGCUGUGGUUACUUUUGGGCAUACCCCUUUCCAUUGGGAUGUUGUCUCCGCUCAUAUCCGGGCCCUGUUCCCAGGGGGACCUUUGCCAGACCGUUGCCCAGCUCUUUCCUUUGCAGGCCAGUUUUAUCCGCCUGGAGCUCCCUUGCCUGACUUCCCGUCUGGAGCUGUCAUUCAGAUCAUCAUCGGCGCCCUAGCACGAAUACCGGGAGAUGAUGAUCCCUGGAACCCUGACCCGCUAGUCGUUGAUAGCCCCUUCUUCCGACAUGUCCCCAGUCGUGGCCCUGCACUGGAACCGGCCAUCCGGCUUGAUGGGAGUGGCAAUCAACUUGCUGCUGGUGCCUUGCAAACUCCCCUGGUUGAUCAAGGUGUUCAGACUGAUCUCUCAGGUAACGGUACUGGUCUCGACCACGCUACUGUUUCACGGGUUCAUUUGCUGUCCCGUGAACUCUCUUUCCAUACGUCACGACUCUGGGCUGGGCUUGCCGAGCCUGACGCUGAGCCCGUUGGAGACUCACCCUCCGUUCUGAGGCUUUCCUCCCAGAGCGCUUGCGCUGCCGCCUCGGCCCCGAACGUCGAUCUGCUUGAUAUCGGAGGUACUUCUGGCAGCCACAAGCUGGCUCUUCCGUCCUCUGUUAGUUGGGUCUUAGUCGGGGCACUUCUUGGUUUUAGGGGGGUUGCGUCCGGGAGCUUUCUUGCUCUUGCAACUGUCAGUGAUGGCUCCAUUAUCUUCCCCCCGCCGGAUUGUUCGGACGAGGAGCAGUCUGAUGAAGAAGGUCCCCCUCCUGUCCAAGCUGAGAACAUGUCUGUCGCUUCUGGUGCACCAGUCCCUUUCACCAUUCCAGCUGGACCUCCUCCACCGGAGCCGGUGAAUGCCCCCUUUCAACCUCGUUUGCGUUAUCUUCGUGCGGCCCGCCCUCUUGAGGAUUAUGCUCUCGGACUUUGGCCCUCCACUCUCGAUCGGGAGCCGGCUGCCGAUGAGGACGUUGUUCGACGGGUCCAAGCCGAUUUGCUUGGACUCCAACGCGGCCUACGCACAUUUGCCGCUGCCAUCCCACUGGGCACGCCCUUUUGUAUCCACAACCCCUUCACUGCCCGCCAGCAAUGUGACAUUGUGGAAUACUCCGCUGGGCCUGAGCUUAAUCCCUUUGUCCUGUUUCAAGGACAUGCACGCAGCCGUGGUUGGGCCGGGAUGGUCUUGCUCAUGCCGCAGCCCGAUGCCACAGCUGUGCACCUAAUUGGCUGCCCCCAGGCGCCGGGCAAUGUCGCGGUGGGUGUCGUCAUUGACGGACGCCUCCUUCCAUGCUGCCUUCCUGCGUGUGUCGCCUGUGCGGCGCUCCAGGCGCUUCAUCUUGACGGCCAGGAAUAUGAUCUCCGACCUCCGGAUGUUCACGAAGAAACCGCUGUUGUCCAAUUUCGCAACGGUGAUUGUCUGGCGGCGGGGCGCCGCCCAUCCCGCCAGCUACCCUCCCAUCAGGAUGUGCAAGCUGCCACCGCAGAAACCUUGGGGGGUGGCACCGAUGAUGCAGCAACGGUCCCCGGAUCAACUUCUGCUGCAUUCAGAGCCGCAGGUUUGUGGGUUUGGCUUGUUGUCACAUCCGCCAGGUCGCAUGGUGUGGCGCCUGCCAUGCUCGCUCUCUGUCUCUGGCGCGCCGAGGUUCUAGGUAUGCAUAGGCCAGGUGGCUUCCCUUGGGGUAUUGAUCCGGUUAACCGGCGGUUCUCUGGCAUUACGAGUGAGGACCCGGUUGAAGUUGUCCUGCACAGCCCCUUUUUAGGGGUUUUUCCACCCUUUACAGCCUCCCAGGACACCUGCCACACUCAGGCCUGGGCCCAGUUUCGCACUGCUGAUCCGGGUUGGGCGGCAGACUACUUUCCGGUCUGGCCAGGGCCUGCAUUCAAUGAACUUUCCGUCGUCCCCGUCGGACAUGAUCCUGCCCUUGUCACCAUUAUGCUUGUCUGGGGAGGUCACCAUCGGGCCACACUCACGCCUCGAACUAUGACGGUUGCGUGGCUGACUUCCUUUGUUGCCCGCCAUAUCAACAGUGAAGUUGGCGGGCUCUCACUUCCCCACGGUUUGGCGGUUUGCGAAUAUUUUGAUAUCCCACCAGCCGCUUUUCGGUUUCGCAACGGGGACGUCGUUUAUAUCCAUGAUCCCCCAGCUGACCCUGAUGAGCCGUUAGAGUUUGUGGAGCCUUGGCACCUCCAAGACGGACUCGCGGCACACCACGCUCCAUGGGCUGUGGGGUUCCAGCUUAUGUUUCCGAUUUCGGUUCACUUGCUCCGUCCUGAGAAACCGCCACUGCUCACGAGCAUUCCGGCUGGCGAAUCUUGGUGUCCUGAGGCAUUUUCAUUUUCGGGGGACUUUAGACACCAAUUUCCGGGCUUUUGGACGCCGGUCCAGUGGACGAGUGCUCGUGCCCUGCAGCUUAUGGCGGUUAACGAGGUUGCCGCUAAGGUUAAUGUUGUAGCGGCUACUCCUGAAGGGCGGUUGUGCAGAUCGGUCGAUCGUGUUGUGUCUCGUGACAGCCUCGCUGCUCAGCUGAGGUUCUGCCCUGCGACGGUUCAGGUUGGCGGGGUCCCGUCAUAUGCCAUGGAGCAAGCUUGCGAACUCCGCAACGGGGAUGUGAUUUUCGGAGAAUUCGCUCGCGGUGCCUGUGCGACUGCCUCCUGUCGCCUAGGUUGGUGGUUGGGAACUGCAUUUGCUUUCUCACAGCUGCCCAUGGCACGCCAGUUCUUGCUUGUCCUUGCUGUUGGCCUCAUGCAUGGUGGCCAGUCUUCGAGCCUCGGGGCCGGUGCUCUGUUUUUCUUGCCGUCAGCGGCGGCCAUGAUUCAACGGGCACCUGCAGCCCCCUUGGCAACCCCGGCUAUCCCUGCUGCCACUGUUAACCGAGUCACCCUCACUUUGGCCAAUCCCUUUGCGCCCUGGCAACGCGUUGAAGUUGACCCCAGUAAUGCCUUUGAGGAUGUCAUCGCGGAUGCACAUCACACCCUGACGUCGUGGCAUCGGGGGUUUGCUGAAUCCGGGUUGGUGUCCGAUGGUUCGCAUGUUCUGGUCCCGAGACCAGGUGACUUGAUAGCAGUCUGGCUUUUCCAGUCGGACCCUUCAGCGGGGCCACGCGAGACGCCCGUCUUCUUGACCUGGGGAGCUGCACAUGCCGCCUCAGCAUGGCAUUCUGACUUUAUUGUCGCUCACGCCUCCUGUGUGCUGCUGUGGUCACCCAGCCGACCCACUCGGGUCGCUCUCCUCCGACACCAAGCGCGGUGGAAUGCUGCAGAGGCCACCGUUUGCCAACACGAGGAGGCCUUGGGAGUCCACCGUUGGGCGCCCUGCCACGGUGUGUCGAGAUUGACAGAGGCGCUGCACAUGACCUUUACAUUCAAGGGUUUUCCCUCCGCCCCGCCUCCAGUCAGGCUACUGAGGAAGCCAGUGUACGCGACGGCGAUUGGUGGGUUCAUUCCCUUGCAGCUGGAUUGUUUGGUCGUCGGCUACCUGCGCUGGCCAGACUUCUGCUCCUUGUGUAUGGUUUCAGUGGGCCAGCCUGGGCUGUGUCCUCCGGCUCCUCGGGCCGAUGUUCCAGUGUUGACUCUUCAGAAGCUCGCACCAUUCGCACCAGGAUGCCGCCUCGGCGGAGUCGCUCCCGUGAUCGGGACAGCUCUCACCGCCAUUUUCCUGCGCGAGUCGAUUUCAGCAGUGGUGAACCUUAUGUCCUGCAGGCGGGGUGGCAGCCUGAUUGUACUGACGGUCAGCUUUGUUUUGCCCGCUGCUUUCCAGGUCCAAGGACCAUGGUCCCUGUUUGAAGCUGUUGGGUCCCGACACUGUGGUGCCUGGGCAACCCGCUUCUUCCCUGUCCGUGCGGCGUUUCCGUUCGCCCAAGUUACGCUUGCCCCGGUUGCUCCUUUCGGGAUGGCAAGUGUAGUCUUCCACACCCUUAGUGGCACAGCCGUUGCCUUAGCGUCGGUUGAUGCGUCGCUCGAGGACAUUCAGCGGCUGGCCGCCCGCCUCAUUCCCAGCACACGGUUUUGGGUUGUCAUUCCGCCUCCUUCCAUCCGCGCCGCUCACAUGUACACGCACAUCCGCCUUCGCAACGGCGAUGCGUUUGGCUUUCUGCCUGACUCUACUCAACCCGGUUCUACACGGUUCCCUGCUCUGCACUACCCAUCCCUUGAUAGGGCGCGGCAGGUUGCCAGCUGGUCGUUGUCUUUCAGGUUCGACACAGGCGGCCCCGUCACCCUGUGGACAACCUCCAGCCGUUUUGGCCAGCUGGUGUAUGUACGCGACAAUGCGUAUUGGGAUCCUCUAGGCCCCACAUUUCGAAGCUUAGGUGGAGAGACCCUAACGGGCUCCUGGGUACCAGUCCUUACGGGUGACCUGUCGGACCUGCAUCUAAUGUCCCGCACCUCAAUUUCUGAAGCGCAUGUGCUCUUUCUCCUGCCGCCAGAGCAGACACCGGUGGGGGUCUUCCUAGCGGGCUGCAACACCCAUCGCAUCCCUUUGGGAUGGCAACUGUUACCUGCCAUUCGUUAUGUGCGUGCUGGUAGCACGUUGCGGGACGGGGACGUCUUGGUUAUUGCCCGAAUGCUGAUCUUGUUUGGGACCCCUUCAGCACACAGCCUCCCAGUCUAG